AGUCCAAGGAGAGUCUCUCUCUGAGGAGGAAGCAGCUCCCUGGACACGUCUGCAGUUGAGGACGCUGGAAUUUGGAAGAAGAUGGAGAAGAACCCCCGCUCCCAGGCCAACCAAGGCCCGCUGCUGAGCCUGCGCAGGAGGCAAAGUGUGACUGAUGAGGCAGGGAGGAGCGGCCAGCAGAUGGAGAGGGCCAGGAUCUUCGCUCUGCCAAGGGAGCCCUCUCCAUCCCACGCCUCCUCCUCAUCCUGCUCCUCACAGGCACCCCUCAAGCUGCCACCAGUGCACCUCGGGCAGCCAAAGGCGGGACCCAAAAAUCUCCAACUACGCACGGUCCCAGAGGUGCAGCCCCGGCAGCCGCAGGCAGCGCCGCAGGGCAGCCGCAGCCAGGCCCUGUCCCUCUGUGGGGACAGACUGCCACCGCUGUCACCACUGCCACCUGUGCCACGGCCGCCAUCACUGCCCCGCCUGCUGAGCCCCAGGGACAACGAGAGCCGGGGCACAGAGCUGGGCAGUGCAGGGGAGAAGGGGCCGCAGCCCUGCAGCCCCUGUUCUCCGCAGCCAUACACCCCCCUGCCCAGGGUGAUCCUGCCCCGGCUCUGGGUCGGUCGGGAGGACGCAUUCUAUAUAUCCCCGAGCCAACAGACUCUGCCUGUGCCACCCAUCCACACGGGGGCUGCAGCCAUGGAGCACAGCCUCAGGGGCACAGCACCAGAGAAACAGAAUAAGGACAGCAAACAUACCAAAACGGAAAACAGCAGUUACAAGAGUCUCUUCCAAGUGUUAGAAGAGUUCGAGCCCUUACAAGAGGACAGCGAGAGUGAGCAGGAGCUGUCCCAGGUAGAGGAGGCCACUGAAGUUUAUUCAGAGGACAGCUCAAGUGACCAGCAGCUGUCCCCAGUGGAAGAGGACAUUGAAGUCGCUCCAGAGGACACCACGAGUGACAAGGAGCUGUCCCCAGAAGAAGAGGAUAUUGAGGCCAUUCCAGAGGACAGCAGGACUGACAAGGAGCUGACCCCAGAGGAAGAGGCCAUUGAGGUCACUCCAGAGGACAGCAGGAGUGACAAGGAGCUGUCCCCAGGGAAAGAGGCCAUUGAGGUCACUCCAGAGGACAGCAGGAGUGACAAGGAGCUGUCCCCAGGGGAAGAGGCCAUUGAGGUAAUUUCGGCAGACAGCAAAAGUGACCAGGACCUCUUCCAAGUAGAAGAGGCCAUCGUGGUCGUUCCAAAGGACAAGCCAUGCGAUGAGGAGCUGUCCUCAGUGGAACAGGCCAUUAAGGUUGGUCCAGAGGACAGCGCAAGCGAUCAGGAGCUGUCCAGAGCUGCAGAGGUCAUCGAGCUCUUCCCAGGGGACAGCAAGAGUGUCAAGGAGCUGUCCCCACCUGAAGAAGAUCAUGAAGAAGAGGCAUCCCAAGGAGAGAGUGAGAGUGACAAAGAACUGCCCCAAGGGGAUUCCUACAAGGAUGAGAGCCUUUCCCCAGAAUAUGUCAAAUUUGAAACAGAGCCAUGCUUUGGGGAAGACUCUGAUCUCCCAGACAUGUCCUCAUGGGAAGCAUAUGACAGCAAACUGCUCUCCCUGUGGGAAGAAUGUGAGCAGAAGGAGCUGAAGAGGAGGGCCCUGCUCAGUGAUGUGGACAGAGAGUCAAGCUUGUCACUUGAACUGCCAGACUUGCAGGAAAUGUCGAGGCAUCAGAAGGUGCUGGAAUGGCUGGAACCCAAUGUCCUCAAUGAUUAUGGCUCUGAAGAGGCGGAAGAGACUGAAGCUUGCAUAUUCCAGAGGCUGUCCAAAGUGAAAAGGCGCAAGGAGAAGCUGGAGCCCCGACAGAAAGAGCUCUUGGGCACAGAGGUGGCAGCAGAGGCAGCCCCUACCCUGCCCAGUGCCUCUCGUGCCCUAUGGAGUCCCACAGACUCCGAGCUGGCAGCUGUGCCCCCAAGCAGAGCUACCGAGGAGGUGGAGGAGCCUCCCCAGGCUCUGGCUGCCCUGCGCGGGCAGCCGGCCGCCCCCAGGAAACGCCCCUCCCGCUUCAGGCGGGCGCUGCAGGCGCUGCAGGGGCUGUUCCGCUGGCCCUGCCUGAGGCCACGGCCCGAGGAGUGA